CCAUGUUGCCUCGCUCUCGCGCUGGUUCCGGUAUCGGGCAUGAGCGUUUGAGCUGCUCGGCCGCAGUACGACACCGAUACGCCUCCACUGAAGCCCGUCAGCCCCUUUCACCACAGCCCUGAGGCAAUCAUGGAUUUUACUACCUGACUGUGGAUGGUUGGUCUGGAUCUUGCUUUCAGCACAAACCCAAAACGUUUGCUUUCAAGCCCAUUCUCUCACUGGGAUCGCGUGAGUGGCGGAAGACGGUUCCACAGAUCGUGAGGGGCUUUGGUCGGGAUUGAAUGCUUUUGAAAUCCAGCUAUCGUCUCCUGGUACUUCAUACUCAUCAGCUCCGGCAGUUUUUUUUCUUCACGUCAGUGUUCAGUCCAGCGCUGUUUGUUUCGUUUAUCUGAAGCUGACCACUGAGGUGUUUUCACCUUUUGUUGACACUUAUUGUGUUUUUGAUGGUCGGUAAAAUUGUAACCGAUUCAUUGACCGGCCUAGCACUUCAUAUCGCCGUGUACAUGCCACGCAGAGACGCGCAGUAAACUGCCUGAUUUGUGUGUGUGGUGGUGUUUUUUAUUUUAUUUAUUUUUUAACCUAAGUUACAUUUAUUUGCCUUGUUCAUGUGGCGGAGAAUCACCCAGCAAUGAUCAAUUGAAGUAAGAUCUGUGUUAGUCUCUUAAAUUCUCCAUAAACUCAAGAAACUAUUGUUUAUCUGAAGUGGAGAGCUAAACAGGAGUUUGUCCUCCUCAUUUGGACACAUGGACUAAUGUUGGGCUUCAACUUGUUGAUCUCUGUCUGCUUGGCUAGUUCUGGCUAGCUAGCAAUGUUCAGUGUGAUCCACCACUAAUAGCCUCUAACAACCAGCUUAUAAAUGCUUGUCCACAUCUGAAAGCCACAUUUCCACGCAUAUUUUCCCUCCAGUUUUGGAGAAUCCCCUGGACAAAAAUGUCAAGCCGACCUCAAGGAUUAGGUGUUAUAGAGAAUUCAUCAGGACAGACCCACUCUGAUGCCAAAGGAGGAGGGCGUAGCAGUGUUUCACGUGGCCGGAGUUUGGUUGCAUCGACGGCGGAAGAGCAGCCCCACAUAGGGAACUACCGACUGCUAAAGACCAUUGGCAAGGGCAACUUUGCCAAGGUUAAACUGGCCCGACAUGUCCUCACUGGAAAAGAGGUAGCAGUGAAGAUCAUAGACAAGACGCAACUCAACUCCUCUAGUCUUCAAAAACUUUUCCGAGAAGUGAGAAUCAUGAAGCUUCUUAAUCACCCAAACAUCGUGAAGUUAUUUGAGGUGAUUGAAACAGAGAAGACUCUGUAUUUAGUCAUGGAAUACGCCAGUGGAGGCGAGGUUUUUGAUUACCUUGUUGCUCACGGAAGGAUGAAAGAAAAGGAAGCGCGUGCCAAAUUUAGACAGAUUGUCUCAGCUGUGCAAUAUUGCCAUCAGAAGUGCAUUGUACACAGAGAUCUCAAGGCUGAGAACCUUUUACUGGAUGCUGACAUGAACAUAAAGAUUGCCGACUUUGGCUUCAGUAACGAGUUUACAGUGGGCAAUAAGUUGGACACGUUCUGCGGAAGCCCCCCGUACGCCGCCCCUGAACUCUUUCAGGGUAAAAAGUAUGACGGGCCUGAGGUGGAUGUGUGGAGUCUUGGGGUCAUACUCUACACGCUAGUCAGCGGCUCGCUGCCUUUCGAUGGACAGAACUUGAAGGAGUUGCGCGAGCGUGUGUUGAGAGGAAAGUACAGGAUUCCCUUCUACAUGUCCACAGACUGCGAGAACCUGCUGAAGAAAUUUCUUAUCCUCAACCCUACCAAGAGGGGGAGUUUGGAGCAGCAGAUCAUGAAGGAUCGCUGGAUGAAUGUGGGUCAUGAAGAUGAUGAGAUGAAGCCCUAUAUCGAACCCCAACCUGACUACAAAGACCCCAGGAGAACAGAUAUAAUGCUCCAGAUGGGUUUUUUUCAAGAAGAGAUCCAGAACUCCUUCAUCAACCAAAAAUACGAUGAAAUCAUGGCAACCUACCUGCUGCUUGACUAUAGGAAUUCAGAGCUGGACGAAGGUGUCAGCUUGUCGCUAAAACCACGCCCAGGAAGUGAUCUCACAAACAGUAAUGCCCCCUCUCCGCCUCAUAAGGUACAGCGCAGUGUGUCGUCCACUCAGAAACCGGUCAGAAGGUCGACAGAUCAGGGCUCUUACUCGAAAAGGCCUCAGGGAGAAAACAAAUAUGUAGUGGAGGAAUCUGGAAGGAAAGGUUCAAGCAGCUCCACCAAAGUUCCACCCAGUCCUGUAAUAUCCAGUGAACGAAAAAAGAGCUCCACACCCUCAACUAAUAGUAUCCUGUCCACGGGAACAAGCCGCAGCAGAACGUCACCCCUAUCUGAGAGAGCCACUCUGGGAGUCCAUAACGGCAAAGACAGCCUGAGCAUCCCUGGGUCCCGUGCCUCCACGGCCUCGGCCGGCGCCGUGCUCUCGUCGUCAUCCUCUUCCUCACGCACCCGUCAUUACAAGUCACUCUCCACCUCUGCCCAUCCCUGCCCCGCAGACCUGCACACACACGGGCCCAGUGAUCCACCGCAAAGAGCACCUGGCGCCUCCCCCUCAGCCCACAACAUCAGCAGCGCAGCUGGGACGGACCGUACCAACUUCCCAAGAGGGGUGCCCACACGCAACACCUUCCAUCUCGGCCAGCAGAGGGGCGCACGGGACCAACAGGGUUCUCCGUACCACGGAACCCCCGCCUCCCCUUCCCUCUCACACGGCAACAGUCAACAGAGACGACCUGCGCCUUCUGGCAUCUUCAGCAAGUUCACCUCUAAGUUUGUGCGCAGAAAUCUGUCAUUCAGAUUCCCCAGAAGGAGCCCCUAUGAAGGAGAGGGUCGAGAGGAGGGGAGCAGAUCUAUGCUCAGCAGUGCAGAGAAAUCAGAGAAGACCAGCGUAGGGGCGGAAGAUGACAACAAGGACGACUCCUCCUCCCCGGGGGGUGGGACUCCGCCGGGCGUGCCCGUUUCCGCGCUCAAAGACCAAGCUAAGCCUCGUUCGCUUCGCUUCACCUGGAGCAUGAAGACCACAUCUUCUAUGGAGCCCGGUGAGAUGAUGAAGGAGAUCCGGAAGGUUCUGGAUGCCAACAGCUGCGAGUACGAGCUGCGAGAGCGCUACAUGCUGCUGUGCAUGGCUGGCAACCCCGUCCGCGAUGACUUCGUUCAGUGGGAGAUGGAGGUCUGCAAGCUGCCCCGCCUCUCACUCAACGGUGUGCGUUUUAAGAGGAUAUCUGGCACAUCUAUCGCCUUCAAGAACAUUGCCUCCAAAAUCGCCAACGAGCUGAAGCUGUGAGGGAAGAGAGAGAUGCAAGUGAAAAGUAGCAUUUUUAAGAGUCUCAGAACAGGGACAAGUGGAGAACAUAGCCACUACUCAAACGCAGUGCAAACUGCUGAUAUGGGUAGGUACAGAGAGGAAUCAAAUCAGAUUCAUACAAAUGGGACCUUCAAUCUUGCAUACUGAGGUUACAAUUUGGAGUUUUGGGCACUUCAGUCAGUGUGAACUCUGUAGGUUCUUGAAUCAUUGUCCUUGAUUGUCAUGAGUAUGUUAAAUCCAGAAAGGCUACAAGUACACUGUUCAUAUUCUGCUGUUUUUUGCUCAGAGAGUAGACUGAUUUGGUUGAACUUUGAACUCAUUUUGAUUUUAAUCCCCUCAUAUACCCGCGUACAAACACAACUAUUGCCUAUUGGAACAGACAAAGUAUAAAUGCCAAACUUGAAAAGAGGGAUAGCCAUUAAAUAUAAACCCCCAAGUGUGAGUGGAGGUGGGCAGUUUAGGACUUUGGACUGACAUUUUUGCCCCCUUCAAAGAAAAACACACACAAACUUUCAGUGUAUCUCUUCCUCUUAUUCUGUCAACAGGGUUACACCUCACCAUUACUCCGUAAAAGGCCAGCACACUUGAUCAAUACUGUAAAUUGUGGUUAAGGUGAUUUUAGUUCAUAAUCGGCUGGGUUUAGAUUUGCUGCACUGGAAUAGGUGUAUUUCUGUUGCCUUUAUUUUUUUUAUCGAAAUGAAAUGUUUUAUUGUUGUAUUUACCAAUGAUUAUGUUUUAAUAUAAUUCUUAGGAAAAAAAAAUGUUUUUAUUAUUAUUAUUAUUAUUAUUAUUUGUGGUCUAGUGUUCUUGAUCGUACUAUGCCUUUGUAUAAAGAAUGUCUGAAACAAGCACCACGGGACUCCCACUGAACUUUUCACUCUUUCCCUGCUUCAUCCCAAAGGAUAAUGGCGCAGCAAGUACUCAAUCACUAGACUAAUGACUCUCUCCAUGCAACCAAUCAUUCCCAUGCCAUUUUAGUGACUAAGGAACUGUCAAGUUCUUUCCCUCUGCAUCCACCACCCUUCAUCUCAACACCUGCCUGAUGUGGUUCAAGCCAAGGACUUUUCACCUCCAUCCUGUCUGGAGGUGGCCUUAUGGCAUUUCUGCUUUGAUGGCACACUCUAUGAAAAUAUGGAGUGAGUGAAUGUAUAUGCGUGUGAGAGAAAGAUAUAAUGAUGGAGUGUCAUAUCUGAAAUAACCAAAAGGCUUGCCGAGCUUCAUAUUUAACAAUGCAGACACUGUACUGAUAUAUAGCCUUGAGACCAAUAUUGGCUGAGGCCCUAUGAAAUGGGCUUCUGUUUAUUCCAAUAUCUUUGCUGUCAUUAUCAAUUUUACUAUUGAUAUUUAUCACUAACAUCAUUCUUUCAAAAGCAGAUCAGUAGUUCAAGCAUACAGGAACCAACCCGGUGCUUUUGUAAGAGUGGAUUGAGUGUGUCUGCAUAAAAGAGGGAGGAAAAGCGUACACUAUGUGCUAGAGUGAAAAGUGUGUAUCCAUCUAUUUCUUCUGAGCUGUACAUGCUUGCAUGCAUCCACUAGUUGACAUUGGGUACACUGUCACCUCUGUUGUUAUUUAACAGGAGCGGGGUUGGGAUCAGACCUCCUUAUAAAGCCUGUCACCAGUUUGCGGACAACUGUGCACACGUGUGUUUUAUAUCUUCAUAGAAAAUAAUAAUGAUCUUUUUUGUCAUGUAAUUUGCUGUUCUCAUAAAUUAUCAUUUGUUCAAGGUGCUGGGGAUCCAAUUAUCUUUAGUAUUGUCAUUUUACUUCAGGGUUGAUUUUGUUUUUAUUUACAUGUUUUUCAUUGCUGUAAUUUUAUGAUUUGUGUCUGAGUUUUCACUGUUGGGUUAGGGGGGUGCGAAUAGAGAAAUACACCAAAUGUUUUUGUUUCUUUUUGUGCAAAGAUGACGAUGAAUUAUGAUCAAUGAUAGUAAUAAAAACAAUUACAUUCAA